AUGGCUGCGUCUGUCGAGUGGUCGCGAAUCACCAACAAGCUCGGUCUCGGCAAGCAGACGCUCGCCGACCUCAGCGCGUUCCGCAACCGCGCUGCCGCCGCCCGUGCCGCCAACGCCGCCGUCAAGGAGCAGAAGACCAACGUCGACUUUGAGCACUACCGCUCCGUCCUCAAGAACAAGGACAUUGUCGCCGAGGGCGAGAAGCUCUUCAAGAGCUUCAAGGCCGUCGACUACGACCUCCAGGCCCAGCUCAAGGCCAUCGCUGCCUUCGAGGCCAAGGCUGUCGCUUCCGCCAAGGAGGCCGCGACCAAGGUCCAGUCCGACCUCUCGAACCUCAACUCGACCCUCAAGAACAUCGAGGAGGCCCGUCCCUUUGACCAGCUCACUAUUGACGACGUUACCAAGGCGCGCCCCGAGAUCACCGAGACGGUCGAGAAGAUGGUGUCGAAGGGCAAGUGGACCGUCCCGGGCUACACCGAGAAGUUCGGCAACCUCAGUGCCAUCUAA